AUGAGCUCGGUGGGCCCGGCCUCCGCGGGUGGCCGUGCAGUGGUCCCCGUCGGCAACGCGGGCGCCGCCCCAGCGUCCUUGGUGUCCAUGCUCACGGUGCAAGAGCGGUUCUACUCCGCCCUCUUGGCUCCUCGGCGCCGCCUGGGGCGAUGCGCCAGCAGGAAACCCGCUCCACCCGGCUCCCCCGCAGGCCUGCGAGCCCCUUUUCUAAUCUACCGGGCUGAGACGGGGGCCGGAGCCCGAGAGCGCGAGACAGGUGUCUGUGCUUUCGCGUCCACAGUGAUAUCAGAACAUGUUGAUACUCAGCCUUCAAAUAAACCCUUAACCUGUGGAGGUGGCAGUGGCAUUGUACAAAGCACAAAAGCGCUUAUCCUGAAAAGUGAAUAUAUACGGCUAGAAAAGGAAGUUUCUAAGUUAAAGCAGCAAAAUGAACAGCUCAUGAAGCAAAAGAAUGAACUGUCAAGAAGAACAAACUGCUGA